AAGUUUUAUUGGGCCGAAAAGAGAAAAAGGUCAGAUAGGCCCAUAAAAAGUUGGACAAUACAAAGCGUUUACAAUUUGUCAAUUGCAAAUUUCGUGAGAUGCUUCUUCUACUCGUCAUCUCUGUUUGGUAAAGUGAUCACAAGGUGUUCGAUAUAAUACCUGAAAGAGUUUCCGAAGGUGUGAAGAUGAUGAUCUUGGAUGUUUGCUCAGAGGUUAUAAAGAUCCAGAAGCUACGACGGGCUGUCUCUUACGCCGGAUUCUACUGCUUCACUGCUGCCCUCACAUUCUUCUAUACAAACAACACAACAAGAGCAGGAUAUUCCAGGGGAGAUCAGUUUUAUGCAUCUUACCCUGCUGGCACCGAACUUUUGACCGACACAGCUAAGCUGUACAAAGCGGCGCUUGGGAAUUGCUAUGAAUCUGAAGAUUGGGGUCCUGUUGAAUUCUGCAUAAUGGCUAAGCAUUUUGAUCGCCAGGGAAAAUCUCCAUACGUUUACCACUCCCAAUACAUGGCUCACCUUCUAUCUCAAGGCCAACUCGAUGGAAGUGGCUAGUGGCGCCAGCUCUCUUUGUUUCAGCUUUGUGCCUAAUCUUGUUAUAGCAAAUUCGAAUCCUGGUAUCUUGGAACAUUUGUAUGGUGUUUGUAUAAGUCCGGAACCGUACCAUUGGCUUACAUGGAUUAUUCAGAUUUGUACUCUGAAAAUUAAGAGCAUGUAAUUCCCGCAGAGGCACAAUGUAAUAAACAUAUAGCAUAGCAAAGCAACAAUCCGGGGAAAAACUUUGGUUACCACCUUGAAAGAAAUGGGGAAAACUGACAGAGCAAGAAGCUUUCCAUCAUCAGCAGAGACGUUUGAUAAAAGAAAGGUCAAGAUUUCAUUCCACGAAAAAUCUGCCGAAAAUAAACAUCUCAUUCUGGAUGUGGUAUAUGAAAUGGGAUUGUACAUGGAGUUUGAAAAACUUGGCAAAGAGAAUCAUGGAAGGAACUAACCAUUUGA